ACUAAAUAAAAUUCAUACAUACAACUAUGUGAUUUUGUCUGUGUGUACGUGUAUGUGUGUAUGUGUGUGUAUAUAUAUGUAUGUGAGAAAACAGGACCAAAAACCCCAUACUCACUCUCUCUCCUCUCUCUAUCAUGGAGAACAACAAGCAGCCAUUGCUCUCCAGUCCCAGAGAGGAUGUCCAAGCACCAGACACUCCCCAAAGCCUCCAAAGACCAUCAAACAGAUCUUACUCAUCCUUCAUUGCCGACGAAGACGACAUUACUCCGAUCACCGGAGUCCGAGACUUUUUCCGAGAGUUCACAGUCGAAUCCAAAAAGCUCUGGUACCUCGCCGGCCCGGCCAUCUUCACGAGCCUCUGCCAAUACUCCCUUGGCGCCAUCACCCAGGUCCUCGCCGGCCACGUCGGCACUCUCGAGCUCGCCGCCUUCUCCGUCGAAAACUCCGUCAUCGCCGGUUUCUCUUUCGGCGUCAUGUUGGGAAUGGGAAGUGCGCUAGAGACGCUGUGCGGACAAGCGUACGGAGCAGGACAGCUGGAUAUGCUAGGGGUGUAUAUGCAGAGAUCAUGGGUGAUCCUGAACAGCACAGCCUUCGUACUGAUGUGGUUCUAUAUCUUUGCAACCCAAUUCCUGAAACUCAUAGGUCAGACCACCGAGAUAUCGGAGUCGGCGGGGCAGUUCGCGCUGUGGAUGAUUCCGCAACUCUACGCCUACGCGAUGAACUUCCCGAUCGCCAAGUUCUUGCAGGCGCAGAGCAAGAUCAUGGCCAUGGCCUGGAUCGCCGCGGUGGUGCUGCUACUGCACACGGGGUUCAGCUGGCUGUUUAUGCUGAAGCUGGGGUGGGGGAUGGUGGGCGCCGCCGUGGUGCUCAACGUGUCGUGGUGGCUCAUAGUGGUGGCUCAGCUCGUUUACAUCUUCAGUGGGACGUGUGGUCGAGCAUGGAGUGGUUUUACAUUGAAGGCCUUUUCCAAUCUGUGGGGGUUUGUGAGGCUAUCACUUGCCUCUGCUGUAAUGCUCUGUCUAGAAGUAUGGUAUUUUAUGGCAUUAAUACUCUUUGCUGGAUAUUUAAAGAACGCAGAAGUUUCAGUUGAUGCGUUAUCAAUAUGCACCAACAUUGUGGGUUGGGCGGUCAUGGUGGCACUUGGAUGCAAUGCAGCCAUAAGUGUAAGGGUGUCUAAUGAAUUGGGCGCGGCACAUCCAAGAACUGCAAAAUUUUCAGUGGUGGUCGUGGUGAUAAGUUCGUUUGUAAUUGGUCUCAUCCUCUCACUCUUUCUUAUAAUCUUCCGAAAACAGUACCCUUCCUUGUUUUCGGACAAUGAAGAAGUUGAAGAGCUUGUGUAUGAUCUCACACCAGUUCUAGCAGCUUGCAUCAUCAUUAACAAUGUUCAACCCGUUCUAUCCGGAGUGGCUAUUGGAGCUGGAUGGCAAGCUUUUGUUGCUUAUGUAAAUAUUGCUUGCUAUUAUGUUUUUGGUGUUCCUUUGGGUCUCGUAAUGGGAUUCACACUCGGCAUGGGUGUCAAGGGGAUUUGGUAUGGCAUGCUGACAGGAACAGUGGUACAAACCUGUGUCUUGUUCUGGAUGAUUUAUAAAACCAAUUGGAACAAAGAGGCUUCAAUUGCUGGGGAUAGAAUAAAACAAUGGGGAGGCGAACAAGACACCAAAGAGAACGAUGUGGAGAGAUUAAUCAACUGAUCGAAUCCAAGAAGUUGCCGGGAAAAUUAAUUACGAACAGGAGCCGAAGAUUUUGCAAAAUUCAAUCACAGAGAGAGAGAGGAAAUUCAUGAUUUGCAGAUAUCAUUGUUUUUGAAGUGAAAUUCUUUGUUUAAAAGACCAUCUUUUGUAUUAAUCUUCAAGCAAUGCCUUCAACAGUUAUUUGUGAUGUGUUAAAACUUAGAACAAAACAUUUAUAAAGUGAUUAUAAAUUUGGAACUUUGGAACUGAGUAUCAACUCAGCUGUUCAUC